AUGUAUGUGUAUUGUGUACGGAUUGAUCUAGGAUGCGUAUUCGUGGGCGACGGAGAAAGGUCAUGCUCCAUGGCUUUGUUUUCAACCUUUGUUGGGAAGUACAAGGAUUUCAAGUUUUUUGGGUUGGAUGGUUGUGCAGUUCGGUCGAGUUCUCAACAGGCUUGUGUCAUGGACAUGUCUCCCGAUGGGAUGAAGUAUUGGAAUCCUUCUUGUGAUGAGAGCAUUGGACGGCUUCUCCUGCAGAGGCUGAAACCGUUUAACUGUAAUCUGUUGUAUCAUGAUUGCCUCAAGAGGGAGCCGGAGUUGGAGAAGGAAAUAUGUGCAAAAUUUGAGGAAGAUCUUGAUGCCAUGCUGUCAAAAUGUGACGUAGUUGUCAUCAACAUGCCUCUCACUGAUAAAACCAGAGGGAUGUUCGACACAAAUAGAAUUGCAAAGAUGAAGAAGGGAGUUCUUAUAGUGAACAACGCCCGCGGAGCAAUCAUGGACACUCAAGCAGUUGUUGAUGCCUGUUCCAGUGGCCACAUUGCUGGUUAUAGUGGCGAUGUUUGGAACCCACAGCAAGCUCCCAAGGAUCACCCAUAG